AUGAACCUGGAUACCCGUCCUCUGCCUGAGGAGGAUGUGCAAAUACAUUCGCCUGUGAAUGGCGUUGCGAAGGGUGUGAAUGCUGGGGAAGACGAAGAUGAGGAAGGUGAAGGCGAGGAAAUUGAGCAGGGCAAGGCCAUCUCGGAUGACAGUUCGGAGGAGGAGGAAGAAGACGAGGAAGCUGCUCGACGCGUUCGAGAAGGUUUCAUUGUGGAUGAAGAUGAGGAGGAGGAAGGAGACGACGAAGAAGAUGACGAAGAAGAGCGUCGGCGUUCGAAGAAACGUCGAAAGCACAAACACAGGCAUAAACACCGUGAACCCGAUGAGGACGAGGAUCUCGAUGAAGAGGAUCUAGAGCUUCUUGAGGAAAACACGGGUGGACGCAUCCGCUCACGACAUCUUACGCGGCUGCGCCGUGGCCGUAUUGUUGAGUCAUCCGAUGACGACCUGGACGAGGCGAACAUCAUUGGGGCCCAAGAGAUCCAUGAUAUUCAAAACAUUUGGGACGACGACCGCGCUGGUGGACGUGACGAUGAUGAUGAGAUGGAUAUGGACGACUUUAUUGAUGACGAAGAAGAUGAAGAGGAGGGUGCAGGUGCUAUGGCUGAAGAAGAGCGCGAGGAGCGCAGGAGAGAGAGGAGGCGUCUUGAGAAGGAACGCAGAAAAGCCUUGAGAAAUCGACCAGAACUUACGGGCAUUGAUGCAAGUACUUGGGACGAGAUUCAUGACGUCUUUGGAGACGGUCAUGAUUAUGAUUGGGCGUUGGUGGAUGAUGAAGAGGAAAUCAUGGCGGAGGAAGCCGGCAAGCCAGAGAUGAAGUAUCAGGAUGUCUUUGAGCCGUCUGAAAUAAAAGCACGACUACUUACGGAGGAUGAUGACCUCAUUCGUGCUCAAGAUUAUCCCGAACGUAUGCAGCUUGGUACUUCCACCUUGUCAUCGAAUGCCAGUAUUACAUUCCCGGAAGCACUCACUCCCGCAGAGUGUGUUGAUGCUGCUUCUUGGGUCACACCGCGUCUCGGGGGAGCGAAGGAACGUGACUUUUUCAAGCCGAAUGGAAAAUUCCAUUACCUUCUUGAAAAACUCGUUGGAGCCGUUACCCGUGCCUUGGAAUUCUUGCUCGUACAGUUCCUAGAGGUUCCAUAUAUCUACGCACACCGACGGGAUUUCAUCUCUUACUUCAACCCUCAAGAUACACAUGCACCACGCGUAGAGCUCCUAAACCAGGACGAUCUGUGGCGAAUAUAUGCUCUUGGACAGAAGUUUCGCUCUUUAUGCCAGAGGAAGAAAGCCUUGCAGCGCAUCUACGAAAAUAUUGAUGCCCAUGAUGAGUACUAUGAGGGUCAGUUAGUGCCGAACAUGGAUAGUGUGGAGGUCGUAGCGGACGUGACGCAAUGGCUUGGGACGAAGUAUAAGGACAACAAAAAGAAAAGCACGCUCGUGUCCCCGUUCAGGGACGAGGAAGAGCAGGCAGAAACGAGGAAGCAUAAGCUUCCAAGUCGAAUGUCUGCAUACGAAGUUGCUAAAAAAAGUAUUAUUUCUAGAAUCGCGGAGGGCUAUGGGAUAAAGUCGCAUGAAAUUGUUGUGAACUUCAUGUCUGCUGGUCAUAAUGUCCACUUCGUUGAGGACAAAGAUCUGUCGCCUGCUGCGUUUGCAGAGCAAUAUGCUGACCCGGACCCGUCUAAGGCCCUUCCAGCGGAGGAUCUACUUCGUCAGGCCAGGAUGAUCAUAGCAACGGAGCUGGGAAUUGAUCCCUUAUUGCGAAGACACGUCAGGGAUACGUUCAAGAACCACGCACAAAUCUCCAUAUUGCCGACGGACCGAGGGAAGACAAAAAUCGACGACCAUCACGUAUACUAUGUAUUCAAGUAUCUUUAUAACAAACCGAUCGAGGAAAUGCUGCAAUCGACGCAGUUCCUCAAUAUACUUGAGGCGGAAUCACAGCACUUGGUGACAGUUACUAUUUCCCUCCCGAGUGAUGUUCGACAGCGACUUGUGAACCAACUGGUGGAAGCGUUCACAUCUGACAGUUUCAGUGAAAUGGCGAAGGUCUGGAAUGAAGAACGCGCUCUCGUUGUCGAAGAUGCCGUCGAGAAGCACCUCAUUCCCAUGGGUGCGAAGUGGGUUCGGGAAUUCAUUCGCGAGGAGGUCGAGGACUAUCUAGCGAAGAGUUGUGCUGAUGCUCUGCAUGAGAGGGUAAAUAUGGCACCCUAUCAUCCUCCUGACUUACACGAGGGUGAACAAGCAUCCGUUCUUGCUGUAUCAUGGGGCAAAGGCGACCCGAAGAGAGAUGAAAUCAACUUGGUUUUUCUCGACGAAGCAGGUCGUCUUCGAGAACAUUCACAGAUCGAUAAUUUACUGGAUUCGAAAAAUAGGGAUGAGUUCAGGGACCUCGUGAAACGACGAAGACCAGAUGUGGUUGUAAUCGGUGGGCUGUCAAUUAACACGGCCACCUUGUCCCACCAUGUCAAGAUGGCUCUGAACCCACACGAUAUCGAGAUUCUCAGACCCAAUGAAAGUUCAUUCAUGGAUGACGUAUCGAAUGAUCAGGCGUUGAACAUUCCGGUGAUCUACGUUCAGGACGAGGUCGCGCGUUUGUAUCAACAUAGCAAACGUGCGACUGAAGAGUUCCCGCACUUGCCUCUAGUCGCGAGGUAUUGUGUUGGUCUGGCGCGUUAUGCGCAGAGCCCUCUAAACGAGUUCGCUGCAUUGGGAGGAGAUCUGACUGCCAUAACAUUCGACGACGCAGUACAACCUCUUAUUCCGACUGAGAAGUUGUUGUCGGCCUUUGAGCGCGUCUUAGUCGAUGUUGUCAAUAAAGUCGGGGUAGAUAUCAAUCGGGCUGUCAAUGAUCCCUAUUAUGCUACCUUGCUUCCAUACGUUGCUGGACUGGGCCCUCGCAAAGCUCAAGCUCUCAUCAAGAAGAUUGUAUCUUUGGGUGGUAACCUGGUUAAUCGCGAGCAAUUCGUCAAAUCGGGUAUUUUAACUAUGCGCAUUUUCCUGAAUGCUGCUGGUUUCCUUCGCAUAGCACAAGACCCGGAGUAUAAAGAACCUAAGAGUCGUGGUGGGGCGAACGCUGAUUACUCGAACUAUCCGGAUCCACUUGAUGACACUCGAGUACAUCCUGAGGACUAUGACUUGGCUCGGAAGAUGGCCACUGAUGCUCUAGAACUCGAUGAGGAAGAUGUCCAUGACGAACAUCCUUCGAAUGUUGUCGGCCAAAUCAUGAAGGACUCAGACAACGUCAGGAAGCUUGAUGAGCUCAACCUCGACGAUUUCGCGAUAAGCAUGGAGGAAACGAGUGGCGAACUCAAGCGACAUACAUUGAAUGUCAUUCGUGCGGAACUCAUUCGACCGUUUGGGGAACUUCGACCGAAGUUCGUCCUUCCUGAGGCCUCAGAAGUGCUUACUAUGUUGACGGGUGAAACGGAGCGUACUCUGCGUGUUGGGUUGAUCGUCUCCGUUCUUGUGAUACGGCUAACGGAAGGCUUUGCGGUCGUAAAAUUGGAUUCGGGCAUCGAAGGCAUCAUUAAUGGAAUGUAUCAGUCAGACGACGGGACAGUCUCCGUCAAGAAAGGGCAGACUCUUCCAGGUGUCAUUAUUGAUGUUAAAUCAGACCUGGUCAAGGAUCAGUUUAGCAUUGAGCUUUCGUCUCGACCAUCGGAUGUCGCCGUCGGUGAUGCGCAGUUCCGACGCUGGAAGCCAGACGAGUACUGGAAUGUCACCCAGGCCGAACGUGACUAUGAUGUACAGCAGCGCAAGAAGCGUGCAGAGGUCGACCGCACGCGUCGAGUUAUUAAGCAUCCCAACUUCCAAAACUUCAAUUCUGCUCAGGCAGAGACGUUUUUGGAUAAGCAACAUCCGGGCGACGUGGUGAUUCGACCAUCUUCUAAGGGAUUGAACCACUUGGCAGUGACCUGGAAAGUCGCUGACAAUCUGUAUCAGCACAUCGACGUCGUCGAGCCCAACGCCGAUCCUUCGGGUCAGACGCUUGGUGGUCAACUUAUUGUGGACGGGAAAUAUGAGUUUGCCGAUCUCGAUGAACUGAUUGUUAACCAUGUAAAGGCGAUGUCGCGACGAGUUGAAGAACUCAUGGCUCACGAGAAAUUCAAGAAGGAUGACGACGAACUCCAGAAAUUCUUGAUAAGCUUCGUCGCGGCCAAUCCGAACAAGAGCAUAUAUGGAUUCACCUUAAAUAGGAAGAAACCUGGCCAUUUCAACUUGUCUUUCCUUCCCAAGAAGGGUUCGUCAAUUCAGACAUGGCCUGUUCGCGUAGCUCCUGAGGCGUACUACUUGUUUGACGCUGCUGCGGCCGGUGUUGCUGAGCUGUGCAAUGCAUUCAAAGUUCGGUAA